UUAUUUGUAAGAGAAAGAAGGAAAGUAAAUGGUAAACACAAAAGCUUCAACCUUUAAAAACUCUGUUCAUCAUCCUUUCAUGCUCGCCUCUUCCCACUCCCACCAUAUCUGCUCUCUCUCUCACUCUCAGCAUGUACGUUUAAAAGCCUCAAAGCUCCCAUCUUUAUCCAUUUCCGUUUCCUUCAGAUACUCUUUGACAUCUGAAUCGACUUUUGUCAUCGUUUACACUUAGAUUCGUCCGUUUUUGUUCUGUGGGUUGACGAGUUCGUGUUCUUGAUUCGAUUUUCUGCUGACCCAUUGGAUGUUGCGGUGACGCAAUGGUGUCAGGGAACGAUCCUAUCGAGACCAUAUUCAAUUCAAUCCAAGUGGUGAAAGAUGCUCUCCUCCCCAUCGAGCUUGGGGUUAAAAAGGCUGCGAGAGACAUCGAGAGUUGUUGGGUUAGCAAAGAGAAGGACUUUCGUUUGGGAAGAAACAGGAAGAAGCGGGUUUGUAUUUGUCCAGAGUCUGAGGACAAUGUUAAUAGUGUUCAGAAGAAAGGUUUGUCUGUAAAGAUCCCUGUGAAGUCACUCUUUGGCAUGUUUUCACCUAAUCUAGCGAACGUGAAGCUGAGCCGUGGAAAUGGAUUGGUCAAGAAGAAGAAGAAAGACAAGUUCUUGGAGAAAGAAGAUGAUGAUGGUUCUUGUACUAAUUGCUUUAAGUUCGCAAUGACUUGGUCUUUGUUGGUCAGUGGCUUUGUUCAUGCGUUUCCCAUUCCCUUUAAGAAGAGGGUUCACAAAAUGGGAGAUGACAAGAACCUUAGAUCAAAGGCUAAGUCUGUAGAAAAGGAAGGAAACCCUUUCUCGAUCGAAUGCGCAAUGGGUUUCGUCAUCGAAAUGCUAGCUCAGAAUCUCCAGAAGCUAGACCAGUUUGUGCAGGACAGUUCCAAGGAAGCUACUCCUCUUGUCUUUAACAUAUGGGACGCUAGAAAGCUCGAUGUGAAUGGGUUCCUCGGGAACUUGAUGUUUGCUAGAGUUGGAGACGUGGCGUCAGGUAUAGUUGGCUUGACAUCUCCCGUGAGCGAAGAUGGUGAUGAGAGCACUGCUGGUAGUAAGGAGGAAAGUGCGGUUGAUUCUCGGCAGAGUCUGGCUAGUGGACUAUUGAGUAUACCUUUGUCUAACGUAGAGCGCUUGAAGUCCACACUGUCUACUAUUUCGUUGACAGAACUUAUCGAGCUUUUGCCUCAGUUAGGACGACCUUCAGGAGACCAUCCGGACAAGAAGAAACUUAUCUCUGUUCAGGACUUUUUCAGAUACACCGAGUCUGAAGGUAGGAGAUUCUUUGAAGAGUUAGAUAGAGAUGGUGAUGGCAAAGUGACUUUGGAAGAUCUGGAGAUUGCAAUGAGGAGAAGAAAGUUGCCAAGAAGAUACGCCAAGGAUUUUAUGAGACGAGCGAGGAGUCAUCUCUUCUCGAAAUCGUUUGGUUGGAAGCAGUUUUUGUCCUUGAUGGAACAGAAGGAGCCGACCAUCCUCCGUGCCUAUACUUCUCUCUGUUUGACCAAGUCCGGUACUCUUCAGAAGAGUGAGAUAUUGGCGUCGCUGAAUAACGCAGGGCUUCCUGCUAAUGAAGAGAAUGCUAUUGCCAUGAUGAGGUUCUUGAUGGCUGAUACUGAAGAGUCUAUCUCUUAUGGACAUUUCCGUAAUUUCAUGGUUUUGCUGCCGUAUGAGCGGUUACAGGAUGAUCCUCGUAAUAUCUGGUUUGAAGCUGCGACGGUUGUUGCUGUUGCACCCCCUGUGGCCUUGCCUGCUGGAGAUGUUCUAAAAUCUGCAUUAGCGGGAGGACUUGCCUCUGCUCUCUCCACUUCCCUUAUGCAUCCGAUUGACACAAUCAAGACACGUGUGCAAGCAUCAACCUUGUCAUUUCCUGAAGUAAUAGCAAAGCUUCCAGAGAUUGGUGUCCGAGGAGUAUACAAGGGUUCUAUUCCAGCAAUUCUUGGACAAUUUUCAAGCCAUGGCCUGCGGACAGGAAUAUUCGAAGCAAGUAAACUUGUGUUGAUCAAUUUUGCUCCCAAUCUCCCAGAAAUUCAGGUUCAAUCGAUUGCUUCAUUCUGCAGCACGCUAUUAGGCACGGCUGUGCGGAUUCCAUGUGAGGUGUUGAAGCAGAGGUUGCAAGCUGGCAUGUUUAACAAUGUAGGGGAAGCCAUUGUAGGGACGUGGAAGCAAGACGGUCCAGGGGGUUUCUUCCGUGGGACAGGCGCAACUCUUUGCCGUGAAGUUCCACUAUACGUUGUUGGCAUGGGACUGUAUGCAGAGUCCAAAAAGAUGGUGGCGCAAGCACUGGGAAGAGAACUGGAGGCAUGGGAGACAAUAGCGGUUGGGGCGGUGUCAGGAGGUAUAGCAGCAGUUGUGACAACGCCAUUUGAUGUGAUGAAGACGAGAAUGAUGACUGCAACACCAGGGAGACCCAUCUCAAUGUCUAUGGUUGCUAUCUCGAUUCUGCGCCAGGAGGGACCGCUUGGUUUGUUCAAAGGAGCAGUCCCGAGGUUCUUCUGGGUGGCUCCUCUUGGUGCCAUGAACUUUGCUGGCUAUGAGCUGGCCAAGAAAGCUAUGCAGAAGAACGAGGAAGUUGUAAUGGCUGAUCAGCUUGGUCAGAAGAAGCUUUGCUAAUGGGCUUUUACUUUGCUUUUUUGGGGGGACAGGUUAAGCCACAGAUACACCUCUUUUGUUAAAUGCUACUUUUGCAAAUUUUGACAAAAACAAAAAAAGGUUAAUUGUUUUGUUGUGUAUCAAAGACGGUUUCAUCCACUCAUUAUAAAACUUUGGUUCCAAGGUUGA